CUUCUAUGUGACACUGAUGUCAAGAUUUGGAGGGUGAGUUUGAGUGAAGGUCGGACAGGUAAGGAACAGAAUAGCAUACAAAGAUGUUUUUCAACAAGUCUGGGUCAGCCCCUGGUAGUAACAUGAUGCAGAGUUAUAUGGAGAAGCGGUUGACGACACUCCACAACUCCAGUUCCUCAUCAGUCACCACCUACAAGGACAAGGUCCUCGCCUUCCUCAGUGGUGUCAUCUUCGUAACGAUCCUUCCAUACAUCCACAUAGGUAUAAUCCAUCUAAAAAUCUGGGUGCCAGGAAAAGGGAAGGUGGACAGGAACAAGUGUACUUGUUCGUGCUUCGAUACUGUAUUCAGAGGUCAAUAUGAGGAUCAAGGGCCAACAACUUACAAACAUGUAUACUUCAACGCCACCUGGCAAACAAUGCGGAUUUGGCUGUUCACCGUGAUCUUCGUCCUCCUGGCGUAUGAAAGCAUUAAGUACCUCAUUCCACUGAUUCGUCGGAGAAAUCUGCGACCUGCUAUGUUCGCUUUGUAUGUUGCGAACCUGUAUCCCCACUAUUACUCCUGGUGGUCGUACUUCAGUUACUACAACGAGGACUUUUACGAUUACUACAAACAUCAUAUGCUGUUCACCAUCACAGAAGUCAUCGCUACGUGCCUCGUGUUGAAUUUAUGCGAUAAUCGUAAUGAAAUAGUAUCCUGGAAGAUACUAGCAAUAGUUAGCAUCAACCUAAUGCACAUAUCGGUGGAAGGUUCCGACCAGUUUAUACAACAUGUGGUUUACGGCAAAGGAUCUCAUUUCCAGAAUGCCAGGAAUAUCGGACUCAUGAUUCCCGAUCUGUUACAUGUUUUUAUUCCAUUAUAUCUACUCUAUAAAUUUGCCAAAUCAAAAGAUUUAAAGCUUUCAGAACUUUGUUAUAAAGAGGAACUGUUCAUGUGUAUCAUAUUUAUUUCGUUCGGUACUCUCAUAGGGCGGUUGAUGUAAGGUUAUGUGAUGAAUACAUGUGAAACUUGUUAUGUGUUAAAUGUAUUGUUGCACCUGCUACUCAAUUUAAAAAUGAUACAAGUGUGCCUGGUUUUCAGUUUACACUUUAUGUAUCUUUGAAAUUUAGUUUUUAUAUCAAAUAC